AUGAGGAAUCCCUGCCUAUUUUUGGUAUCUUCUCUCUUCAUUGUUACUUUUUUCCUGUUAAUUCCUCAAGGUUUCUGUGGACAAAUCAUUGGUGGCCAAGAAGUCACUCCUCACUCAAGACCCUAUAUGGUUCUAAUUAAAACCAUUAAAGACAAUAAGAUAAAGAUUUGUGGGGGAGCUUUGAUCAAUGUGAACUGGGUGUUGACUGCUGCUCAUUGUACUAUAAACAACAGUACUCAGGUCAUCCUUGGGGCUCAUGCACAGAAGAAAAGUGAACCAGGAAAACAGAUAAUAAAUGUUAAGAAAUGCAUCCCCUAUACAUCCUAUGAUUCAAGAACACAUGAAGGCGAUCUUCAGCUUCUGCAGCUGAACCAAAAAGCAACAAUUAAUAAAAAUGUGCAGCUCCUUCCUCUACCAAAAACGUGGAAUGACUUGAAGCCAAACACAGUGUGUCGAGUUGCAGGAUGGGGAAUAACUCAAAAUAAUGCCAACAAGUCCUCCAACACUCUGAGAGAAGUCAAUAUAACGGUCAUAGACAGAAAAAUUUGCAAUGAUCCAGAACACUAUAACUACAAUCCUGUAAUUGGGCUAAACAUGAUUUGUGCUGGAGACCUCAAAGGAGGAAAAGAUACAUGCAAAGGAGAUUCUGGAAGUCCUCUGAUAUGUGAUGGUAUUUUCAGAGGCAUCACUUCCUUUGGUGAGCCAGGAAAAUGUGGAUCCCCAGAGGGACCUGGCAUCUAUACUCGUCUCUCACUGGAGUACCUCAAGUGGAUCAAUAUAACCAUGAGGGGGGCAGUGUAG